UUAAAACUGUGAAACAAAUAAGCUGUUGCCAAUAAUGCAAAACCAGAUAUAUACAUUUAAUUUUAUAUAUCCAAUAUCCUCAUUCAGAUUCCUCUUUACUUUCUAUAUAAAUCUAAUCUUCUUUUCUCAGUCACUUCCUAUAUUCUCUUUCUUCUUGACUUCACCUCCAUUACCAUUCCUUUAUUCUCUAAAUAAUCUCCCCUUAUUAUUCAUUUCACAAUAUAACACACACCCAUAUAUUAAUGGAGAUAACAAACAUCUGCUGUUCUACAUCCAGCACAGAAAUCAUACACUUAGGCCGUCCUCGUCCGAUCAAUCACAACCGUCCAUUAAAAUCAUCAUCAUCAAGUUCAAGAUCAUCAUCAAGAUGGAAAUCACUAUGGAAGAAGAUAAUGAGAGAGAAAAGAAAGAUGGGAAUAUUCGAGUGUAACACGGUUGCAGCUACUCAGGUGCACCUUCCUGGUUAUGAUCCUAAAACUUAUGCUAAAAACUUUGAUCAAGGCCUCUUAUGGGAAGAAGAACCUGAUUUAUUCUCACGUUCUUUCUCUAUGCGUUUUGCUGCUCCUUCUAGAUUAAUUAACACUUCUAUUUUUAAUAAAAAUAAUAACAAUAAUAUUAAUGUUAUUAAUAAUAGGAGCGUUUCUGAUGUGGGCCAUGCUUAUCAUCGUGAUAUUGUAAUUUGUGUUUUUUGAAGAAUAAAUUGGAGUUGAAAAAAAAGACGUUACUUUAUUUGUUUA